GGAGGCCACAUUUUCUCGGCUGCGACACACCAGCGCCGUCGACCGCGGGAGGAACUUUUCGAGGCCUCGUUCGAUUCGUCUCUUCGCCCAUCGACGGAGCGAGCGACAUGCCGAUAUACGACGAUGGCCCACACCGCUCUUCUGCCAUGUGUGGUGUUCAUCCAAAUCGCUGUGUGUGUCCUCACGGAAGCGAAGUGCAAUGACACCACGGAGUAUGAAGACCACGGUCGAUGUUGUGAGAAAUGCCCACCGGGUUUCUUCAUGACGGAGAAGUGCUCAGAAGGAUCAAAAGCGUCCACGUGUGAGAGUUGCACCGAGGGAUCUUACAGUGACACGCACAAUACAGAUGGUCAGUGUAGGCCAUGCGACUUUUGCAAUGAAGAGAUUCAUAAGACAGAGGUGAAGCCCUGCACACCAACAAGUAAUCGGGAGUGUGCUUGUGAAAGUGGCACUCGCGAAUUUCACGACGGAGGGAUAGAGAUCUGCUACAAUAACCGUCCUGUUGGAGAAGAGUUGACAAGUGAAGGCAUUUUCAUCACAAUCGUCAUAUCGAUAAUGACAGCAAUCAUAUUCGGAUAUAUAUACUACUUGAAAAAACACCAUUCAAGUUUGGAUCCUCUGCACAUCGAAGUAAAGAAACGCAUUUAGACCAAUCCCUGGUUGGAGGUCAAAGGUCGGACCAUUCGUCCAUGAUGAGAGGCCGGGGAAUUGGAACUAACGUGACAAAGAGGCUAUCUCUGCCAUCUCACCGUACUCAACAAACAAUAAGUAAUAUAAAAAAAAAAUUACACACGCUUUUAUGAAAUGUACUAGUAAUGGCAGAACUCCACGACUCCAGGAAGUGGCCCCAAAGCUUGCCAUAACGUAAGGGGUCGUGGGCAAUUAGACCCAAGCUGAAACACAACAUAUAAAAAAGAAUGUUUAAAAAUAUGUUUUUUAUGAUAGAAUAUAGUAUUGUCAUCAGUAUGACAUAAGUAUACCAAGUUUGCAGUCGAUACCACAUUGGGAAGUGGGUUAAAAUUGAGUUACAAAAUUUGAGGAUACAACAACGACAACAGACAGAGUGAGUUAAAAUAAAGUGUGUAAAAACGAUGUUUUUUAAAAUUUUACCAGGUAAGGCCCACAGAGCUGUAUGGCCCUUUUUUCGGAAGCGACUUGGCCACAAAUGAUGGCUCAACCAAGUGGUGUUUCGUCACGUGGACAUCUAUAGCAGCAGCCAAAUACUAUAAAACACGUGAUGUCGAUUCUAAAUGUAAAGGGAAAAACCGGAGGACCCGGAGAAAAAUCCAAGCUGUGUACCCCCGCAUAAGCACGGAUUAACGUAAGUUGGGGUUCGCUUCUACGAGUGUAGAUAUACAUAAAAUAUACACGACUAUAUUACUACUAUAUUACUAUACACUACUAUAUUACUAUAUAUUACAAUACAUUACUAUAUACUACUGUAUUACUAUACGAGUGGAUAUAAAAGGUAUAUAAAUGUACAUAAAUGUGUAAUAAAGUACGGCACUGUACAGUAAAUGAUUCACUAAUCAUCGGCAGCAUCCGGGUCCGAUAGAACACUCAGAGAUUGUUUUGGACGAGUUUCUUGCGCGGCCGAUAGAGUUACAACCGCUGUCAAAUCCAUGUGAUGGCGGGGGUGGGGUGAUGUAACUCCUCGCUUCCUACCCCGUGCGUGCAGCGAAAGUACGAAUAGCACAAACAUGUGAAUGUGAAUCAGUGGAGGGGGUUUGUUUGCGUAUGAGCUGGUCCGAGUACUCUUGAGACCUCUGUACUUGGCUCAUUUAUUUACCCAAUUGUCAAAGCCAGGAAACCCAAGACGUCCAUCUAACUCUAUUAACAACAAUAGGAAGAGGUGACACACAGCCCUUGUCGUUGCAGCAGCACCGACGUUUCUGAACAAAACCUCGUUUCCUUCCUUAGCAUCGUAAAUCUUCCUUCAAAAACAUAUACUGAAGCAGAAGAUUAGUGUUGGGUACAACCGCAUUUGCAAAUGUAAUGUGUAAUGUUCAUCCUUACCCAUGUAUCGAUUGUUACAUUUUAAUGUGCAACUUUAUUGAGGGAUUGUGUGCUGCCUUCGUGUCGUCUGGGACUGUCCUUAAGUCAUUUUGGUGCCUAGGCCAAGCUUGGAAAUUGGUGUACUUAUGCAGUUUGAACUUGUACUUUAUUAGUAAUUGUCUUUCUUUUCCUAUACUUUGCACUCUGAACGAUUUGUGGAUUGUUUGUUGUAACUUUCUGACCCACCCCUGCUUUGUAGCUCGUCAUAUUUCUCCCAGGAUAAAUAAAGAUAUCUGGUUCUGAUUCUGACGUGUCAAAUAAUGUACGUGACACACCUGGCAUACGUGGCUGUUAGGUAUCUUGGC